GUGAAGGCGUGCAGACUAUAAAACAUCAUCGUCUCUCCUGCAAGCUUCAGUGCAGCAACACACUUGGACUGGAAUACACAGCAAUAUACUACAAUAUAGUACAUCAAACAGUACUAUUUUAUAUACUUGCGCCCCGUCAACCACACCGACAUGACAACACAUUUUGGAUUAUUGCUGGAUAUUUACAGGAACUUUAUUUUGUUUUUUCAGCUGGAAAGUGUCUGACAUCCCAACUGUCAACCACCAAGUAUGGCCCACGUGAGCCUCGGAGUUGAGUCAUGUUAUCUCUGAGCCGCUGGAACUGUUCAUCGUCGCCGCUCGUCCCUCACUUCUCCAAUGUCAGCGUCGGCAGAGCGAAGGCCCGGGCGGCGCUGGAGGAGACGUCCCAGCACGCCAACCUCACCACGGGCGGCGUGAUGGUGGUGGUGUUCCCCAUGACUCUGGGCAUCGUCUCCAACAUGGUGGCUCUCUUCAUCCUGGCCAACGCCUACUCUCUGCAGCGUCGACGCUCCAAAGCCACCUUCCUGCUGUUCGCCACCUCCCUGGUGGUGACCGACUUCAUGGGUCAUGUGAUCCCGGGCACCCUGGUUCUGAGACUCUACCUUUCUGGAGGCGCAGGCCCUGAGGACUACAGGUCCUCGGACGGCCUGUGCCGGUUCCUGGGAGGCAGCAUGGUGUUCUUCGGCCUGUGUCCGCUCUUCAUGGGCUGUGCCAUGGCGGCCGAGCGUUGCCUGGGCGUCACCAAGCCGCUGCUGCACUCCUCCUUGGUCACGGGCACCCGCACUAAAAUGUGCCUGUGUGUCAUCUGGCUGGCCGCGCUGUGUGUGGCCCUGUUGCCGUGGUUACAGCUGGGCUCCUACACCUACCAGGACCCGGGCACCUGGUGCUUCAUUCAGGUUCUCAGCGACAUUCAGCAGGCGGACGUGGCCUUCGUGGCGCUUUUCUCCGGGCUGGGCUUGGCCGCCCUCGCCGUGGCGGUGGUGUGCAACACCGUCAGCGGACUGACCCUGGUUCUGGCUCGCCUCAGGAGGAAGCCCGGCUCGCAUCAUUCGGCCAGGUCACAUGAUAUAGAGAUGGUGGUGCAGCUGGUGGGGAUCACAGUCACCUCCUGUAUCUGCUGGUGCCCUCUGCUGAUCUUUGGCCUGACGUCCGCCAUCCACUCCUACACAGGACCCAUUGGAGAGCAGGACCUUCCCGGCUACAAAAUGUUGAUGGUGAUGGGUGUGAGACUGGCCACGUGGAACCAGAUUCUGGACCCUUGGGUGUACAUCUUGCUGCGCCGCACCGUCCUACGAAAAAUUUACCUCAUUGCAAAAUGCCAAGCCGGCCUGGGGGGGAACAUUUUUGGCUGCUUGGACUCUGCAUCUCCUCCCCAGUCAGAGAAGAAUGAAGUCAACCAAGUCUAAGCUGGAAGGACCUCGUAAGAACUGGAAUAGAAGUUCUAAAAGGAGGACUACAAGGGGACAUUUCUGGGCUGGUCCACUUUGAAAAUGUUAUGCAUACGAGGAAAUAUGUAGCGUUACUUUAUUUUUCUUACCUUACAAAUGGAAGCUAGCUAAAACUUUAAAUGCUGUGAUUUUGCACAAAACUUAAUGGCUAUUUUCAACAGUGGCACCUCGGUUUUGGUUCGUAAGCCGUCCCGAAAAAAUUAACGAAAGGAAACAAAAACUGAAUCAUACAAUUCUGCUGCAUUCAUCCAAAAAUAUAAACACAUUGUAUAGAAAAUA